GUAGCAUGCAAAUUCAACAGCAGAAGGCUGCUGUACCCGUUACUAUCUCCCCGGUCAACUCGGAUAGACUUCAGCCAUGUCAAGAGAGCUCAGAAGGAAUGGAAAGCCCAGAAGCUGUGAACCGUGCAGGCUCUCAAAGAUUCGGUGCGACCACGCAACGCCUCUGUGCCGGAAAUGCCAAACGCGGGGAAUUCCUGAUCAAUGUUUUUACCAUCCAAAUCCCAUGACCAAGCCGGCGGGGACUCCACGUAAGAAACCCGAGCCUCGCCGUCGAAAGCUCAGUGCACAUCCCGAAAGACUUGCUCCAUUAACCUUGAGUCCACCGACUCUCAGGAACGAUCUUGUGAAAUCGUGGCCAACACCGCCUGAGACCACCACCAGGACAGAAUGUGCCAAACCGACUCAAGACCCAACACGGGGGUUCUUCCUCGGGUCGACAAGCUACGCCAGUGUGUUUGUCGAAGAGCAGCCUCUGCCCGAUAGUAUACAUGAACAGCCGUCAGAAAGAACA